CAUUUGCCGCCACUACCAACACUAUUUCACUAUUUCUAAGAAUCAACAAAAAUAUCCAAAAAAUUAGGGGUAAUGUUUCACAGCACGAACAAGAGAAUCCAGAAGAAGGAUGUUCAGAAUUCAUCGACCAAGAUUACUCCGCGGAGCUCCAAGUACAAAAGCCAGCAUAGGAAACCGGAGCAGCAAGCCUCUCUCCUGGACUUUAUCAAGCCGAAACCUAAAUCACAAAGGCAAAUUAAAGCAAAUAAACUUCAAAAGACGCAUUUAACCAUAACAAGAAGUAGCUACAUAGUAUACAAACGCAAGGGCAAAACCCGCCUUGAUCCCAAGAAGAAGAUCACCAGGUUGAAAAGGUCCAUACGGGUAUAUCGCACCUCCAAGAAGGCUGAAAUAGAAGUCACAGAGGGAGAGCUUGAAGGAGUCCCAGAAAAGAAAGAUAUUCCGGUGGAACAACAAGUACAAAAUUUAUCCCUUAGUGAGACCGCUACACCCAAAGACGAUUUACCAGCAAAAGCAGUACAUUCCAUUCACUCACGGCGAUUUAGAAGCUAUUGUGACAACUGCACCCGCCCUCGCCUCAAGGAGUUGACCAUUCAGUUGCUAAAGGACCUGGAUCGCUUCCAGAAGCGCGCCUUUGCCAAAAACGAGAUUAAAGCGCGGGCACAUCCCCGCCUGGUUUUGGGUGUUCGAGAGGCUCUGGCUAGGUUAAGGAUAAACAAGGUGAAACUGUUGUUUCUGGCCACAGACUGCGAGAUCAGUCCCGGAGCAAGUGGUCUAGACGAGACUAUAGAAGGUUUGAAAUUCCAAUGCCAGCAGCAACAAGUGCCUUAUUGCUUUCCUCUGCUAAGAAGGGAGCUAUCCUACGCCCUUCAAAAGCGAGCACAGAUUUCUUGCGUGGCUAUCCUUGACUUUGACGGAGCUAAUGCCACCUACGCAGAUCUUCUUAACGAAAUAGAGGACGCUCGUGCAGAGUACAAACGCAGAACUGCUUCGUGAGAGUUUAUUUGGUGACAACGAUAGAAAUAAAAGUGCUAGGACGUGCUCGAAACAUCGAGAUAAACAUUUA